AUGGUAGAUGGUUCCAGGGUUGACCGACAACCCUCGGGUGAAAAAAAUACCAACACAAAAUUAGAAAAGGUAUCUGAUAAUAAAAUGAGGAUUAAGGCAAUAAAUGACAAGGCACAGCCAUUAGAGCUCCAGUCAGCCACGUCAAAACGCGGCACUAAAAGUAGGAAGAGAAGGAAGGGGAAGGGUAAAAAAGCCAGAAAAGCAGUAGAACAGAGCGUGUCAUUUACCGUUUCUGAGCUGCUUGAGAAUUCUCAGCCACCUAAAGAGGAUAACUCUCAAAGUGAGGACGUGAUCACUUCACCCGACUCUGGAACUGAAUUCAGCUCAGAUGAAUCGUCAGAUUCCAACAACGAGGUGGAGACUCUGGCGAUCAGCGAAACCACCAACUUCGAGCUGAACGAGAUCUACGAGGCGAUUGACAGCAUUAACAAGCUGUGUCUGGAGCCCAUCAAGAUGGAGAUAAGGAAGGACUACAUUGAGACCAAGGCCAGGGGGGCUGCGGCCGAAGGCAGCAAUGAGCACAGGUACUCCGCGGACAUCAACAUCGUGCUGUCGAGCAGAAAGGACACUGCCGCCGACACCGUCUACAUGUCCAUAGGCAAGGAGCCUUCGGGCGACGAGUUCGCCCUGAGGGUCGAGAACGUCACCGACUCCUCGGAGCCUAUCACUCCGAAGGACUCUUUCUCGUGCUGCAACCUGUUCAACUUCCGGAGAAUCGACUCCGACGUCACCAGGGACUCGGUCCGAUCAUUGGACAACAUCACGACGCCUUCCAAAACUUCAGACGACAAGGCCGACUCCUCAGCCGCCCCGGGCAUGUGCGAACUCAAUCUGUCUCUUCAAAGCCCCAAUGGCAGUGUCAACGUCAACUCGAAUGCUUUCAAGAACACCCUCUUCGAGUGCGUCUAUUGCCCCUGCGGAGACGACCAGAACAUAGACGAUGUCUGUGGAUCUCACUCUGACAUAAGCUGCUUCGACGAACUGAGCAUCAAAAGCAUGUCAAGCGUGACAAGGAGACAAAGUAACACAAGCUUCAAGACUGAUAGAAGCUUCAAGAGCAUCAUGACAGAUAAAAGCGUCACAAGCAUCAAGAGCGUCAAGAGCGAUCGAAGCAACAGAAGUGUCAGGAGCAUCAAGAGCUUUAAAAGCGAUAGCAGUAGACAAAGCAUUAAAAGCGUAAACAGCGUUAAAAGCAUCACGAGCAUCAAGAGUAAUAGGAGUGACAAGAGCAUUAACAGCAGACAAAGCGUCACCAGCCUAAAAAGCGUCAAAAGUGAUAAUAGUGCAAAACAACCAGGCUCUGUUGCUGCUGAAUCCGCCGAAAACCAAGAAUCGAAGGACGCGGCUCUCCAGCAGGACCAGACUCCCUACUGCGGCAGGACUCUUUUCUACAGCUUCCACGGGCAGGGCAACAGAGCGUUCUCCCGCAGCGACUCCAACUUGACUCUUCCCUAUCCCAUCAAGGAUCCCAGGUCCAUGAACCCCCUCAAUUUAGGCUUCGACUCAGUCGCCUCGCUUCACAAGUCCAUGAACGCGCCCAGCGAAGUCAUAAUAAAGGCUCCGGUGACCAUCGGCGGCUCAGUCUGCUUCAGGAGCAGGGUCGACAAGUGCGUUUUAUCAGAGGACAAGUUCAUCACCGACAGCGUGUUCCAGAUAAACUGGCUCAACACGAGGAAGACUCGCAGGAAGAGGUCGCUUCUGCAUGAACUCACAAACUCGCAGGCGAUACUGACACUCUCGUUGAUUAACGCGUAA